AUGGCUAUUACAAUUAGAAGGGCUACUGUCAAUGAUAUGAUUUGCAUGCAAAAUGCGAAUUUGCAUAAUUUACCAGAAAAUUACAUGCUAAAAUAUUAUAUGUAUCAUAUAUUAUCAUGGCCUGAAGCAUCCUUUGUUGCUACUACGACAGAUAUUGAGGUGUUAGAAGAAGAAAAAGAGCAAUUGGCACAAAAUAAAGAAAGUGAAAUAUUAUCUUUAGAGGAUACCGAAACGGGUGCAAUAAUUAAACUUGAUCCAACUUAUGUAGCACCUGGUGAAAAAUUGGUUGGUUACGUUUUAGCUAAGAUGAAUGAUGACGCUGACCAAAAAGAUGAACCCUUGAACGGUCAUAUAACAUCUUUGAGUGUCAUGAGAACUUACAGAAGAAUGGGUCUUGCUGAAAAAUUAAUGAGACAAGCAUUAUUUGCAUUAAGAGAAGUUUAUCAAGCCGAAUAUGUUUCUCUACACGUUAGAGAGUCAAAUAGAGCUGCUUUACAUUUAUAUAGAGACACUUUAGAAUUUGAAGUUUUGAGUGUAGAAAAAAGUUAUUAUCAAGAUGGUGAAGAUGCAUAUGCAAUGAAAAAAAUCUUAGACCUAGAUGAGUUACAAGUAAGCAAUUUUGCUCAUCGUGGUAACAAAUCAGAACAAAAGCCUGAAGAUGAUUUACAAUCUGACCUGUUGGCUGACAUUAUUAGUAAUGGAACUGAUAACAUUGUAGUUUGA